UGCACGUUGAAGCGUUCGGUUGUACACUCGUCUCGUAUCGUAUCGUAGGUCGUGUCGCUGAUCCCAGUAGUAGCGUAGUGCCGUAGUUCCGUAGUUGCAUCGUUGUGGUGUUGCUGUAGUGUUGUGUCUUGUGGCAAUUAACCGCUGGCCUUGCAUGCCAUUUGGUGAACUAUUGAUUAAUCAGUGCCCCCCGAACCGCAAAACUCCCAGACCCACCCACAACAGAGACCAUCAGCCAUGUCAAAGGAUUCGGACAUAGAGCAGGCGGCGGUGCCCGCAAACGAAAUCAAAGUGGAGUCAGUGGCCACCACGCCAGAGGAGCAGCUAACAUCCUCAGGGACGACCACUGGAACGGCAGUCACUACAGUGAACUCCGUGACGAAUGGAGGAGGAGAGAAGGCGGCUGCCGUGCCUGCCCUGCAGAUGACUGCCGUGGAAGUGUCUGCCGUGGCAGCAGCAGAACAAGUGCAGCCAGCGACAACCGUUGGAGGCAUUGAAUUGGCAGCCAGCAAAGGCGGCACCAAAUCCAACAUGGAUCCGGCGCUGAUCAACUUUAAGGUGCUGUACGUACUCACGCAGCUGUGCGGCCUGACGAUGAUCGUGCUGGUGGGCACCUGGAUAGGCCAGCACUUUGGCGGACUGGGUGGCAGCUCGAAUCCCAAGCUGGAGUUCAACUGGCAUCCGCUGUUCAUGACCAUUGGCUUCAUCUAUCUGUAUGGCAACUCCAUUCUGGUGUACCGCGGCUUCCGCACCACACGCAAGAAGACCCUGAAGCUCACCCACGCCGGCAUCCAUAUGGCCGCCUUCGUUCUGACAGUCAUUGCCCUGAAGACGGUCUUCGAUUCGCACAACCUGAACAGCCCGCCCAUACCCAACAUGUACUCGCUGCACUCUUGGCUGGGCCUCUCCUCGGUGAUCAUUUUUGGGCUGCAGUAUGUGGCCGGGUUCGUGGCAUUCCUCGCCCCAGGCCUAAGGGAAAACUACAAGAUUGCCAUGAUGCCGCUGCACAUCUACUUUGGUCUGUUUGGCUUCGUUCUGGCCAUUGCGAGCGCCGUCAUGGGCAUCACCGAGAAGGCAAUCUUUGCCAUCACUUCUCCACCGUACUCCACAUUGCCACCUGCUGGUGUCCUGGCCAAUGUAAUUGGAGUCUUGUAUGUGGUAUUUGGUGCUCUUGUGGUUUACCUCGCCACGGAGCCAUCGUACAGGCGCAAACCCAUACCCGAGGACACGGCACUGCUGAGCUCCAACUCGGGCAAUGAGUAAGGCGCUACUCGACCGACAGAAAACAUGCCCCAAACCAGCAGAGAAUUGCUUAUAAUUAUGCUCAAAACUGUGCACAAAACCCAAAACGAAACGGAAACCUGAUACCAUGUGGUGCUCUGUUGACUAUUCAUGCUGUUUAUUUUCGUUGAGAUGCAUGUCUUACCUUACCCCAUAGCAUCUACAGUAUAUAUUAUGUAUAUGUAUAUUUAAUGUGACUAUGUGUACUGGAAAGCUAUCCACAUACAUAUUUAUAUGUACACUGAUUACCAGUUGUGAAGAGACGGACGUACGAGUCUGCGUCUGCGAGUGCUCAAAUCUAACGUAUUUAACCUCAUAUAGAACAUUUGCUUAUAUGAAUAUCUCUAUGUGUGUUAUAUAUUCUUAAUAAAUCUAUAUUAAUACUAAGUAAAAA